AUGGUAGCGACCGCCCCUCUGCUCCAACGCAUCUUCCGCAAACUAAAACCUCGACAAGGCAAACGAUGGCCACCAAGGCCAACAAAAGCAGCCCUAAAAGAAUUCAUGACAAGGACCCCAGCGACGGAUAUCAACAUCUGCCCCCCAGGUAGUACAGAUCCCUCCCUAGCAGUCCGCAACAGUAUGUUCUUCAACAAGCUCCCACCGGAGCUACAUCUGCAGAUCUGCGUGCUUGCAUUUGGAAAUGGGGUCGUGCAUGUUGAGGAUGAUGGCACGGACCGUUUAUCUAGGACGGCUUAUUUCUGUCCAUAUGCACUUGACUGGCGUUUGCCUCGGGAGAAUGAUUGCGGAGAUGUUGGUGCCCUUACGGUGUCUUCUUCGGAGAUGACCGCAAUGAGGCAACAGAAGCGGUCGAGCUUCUUCUCAAGUGAGCUGAUCGUGUGGCGCGGAAAUUGCUCUCGCCCCCCUUCUCGGUUGGAAAUGUUCGAAAUCGCUGUUAGGAAUGCUACGUUCCAGAGUCUUGUCAGUGCGCAGAGAAAGCAACAGACGACGGUCGUGCAAAAGAGCCCGCGCCAUCAGCAUGCAGGGCGCUUCUGGAGGAGUUUGGGGAAUGUUGAUGUUGAAGUUGAUGGAGCCAUUGCGGUGGGUCAAAUUGAUACGAAGGAGCUUGGAGGCGAGCGAUGCGAUGUUCGUGGUCGAAUAGCUAAUUCUGGUUGGCCAAUGAAACGACAUCUCGAUAAUUCUAUCCCAACGUCAAUGGAACCUCUCGAAGUCCCUGCAGAAGAACAUGGGGAGUUUGGCAUCAAACUAAAUAAUGACAAUCCCCUUCCCUUAGCAUGCGCUGCUCCUGCGGCAGACCAUUGGAUACUCGGCUUGCCCGUGAGAGCGGACGGACUCCAGGGCUGGGCAGGCAUUUUCCGCUUGGAAACACCAAUGUCAGGCCACAGCAACGGCCUUUAUCGGGUUGAGGCCGUAAAGGACAAGAUGCCACGUACAAACGGGGUGCACUCCCUAGGAAGGGGCGCAACUGGUCUUUUUCAGGACUUGUCAAGGGGGUGA